GUUGAAGUAUGUUUUCACUGACCUCCCAGCGAAUGCCACGGUGGAGGAGUUGGAGCUCUCCAUGCACAUCGCGACGUACUGGAAUCGACUCGCUGCCCGUGGGGACCCGUCCUGGGGAGCCAUCCCCUCUUGGCCCAAAACUGAGCUGGAUGAGAAGGGGGUGGCUGGACCAUACUUGAAGCUGGACGUGGCGAGUGCCGGGGGCAUCCAG